UUUUUUUCCAUAUUACUGAUUCUUUGGAUUUAUCUAAUCUUAUUUUGAUUCCUGAAAUAUUGUUACGAAUUCGCGCGAUGCCAACAAUAAAUACAGUGAUCCAUGUGGUCGAUUUGUGUCUGAGAAUUACAAUUCAAACAGUUCGCUUUUUAAUAAAUUUAGAAGAGAAUUUGAAUGUGAAUGUAAAAGCAAAUGCAAUACGAUGCAUUUGGGAACAUAGAAAGAUCAAUUCACGAUCUUUUUUUAUGUAAACGAGGCAAUGAGUUAAUCUAUAAGUUUGAUGAGAGAAAAGUGAUUGAAUUCUUGUAACAAUAAUUGAUUAUUUUUUUGAAGAGUUUAUUUUUGAAAAAAUGCUUCCACAAGAAAAGUUUGAAACGUCUGUGCAUUUGAACAAUAGUCGGGAUAAUAAUUUGAAUUAUCAGAACUCGAUGGAUAUUCAAAUACCGGAAGCAAAUGACAUCAAAGAAGAAACGAAAGAUUUAAAUUUUGACGAGUUGUUACCCUAUAUCGGAGAAUUUGGACUUUAUCAGAAGAUCCUGUUUAUAUUGAUGAUUCCUUUUAUUUCAUUUGUGGCAUGGGUUUAUUUCUCACAAAUCUUUAUCACGUUAACGGAAAAAUAUUGGUGCUGGGUACCGGAAUUAAAGAAUCUCACAUCCAACGAAAGACUCUCGCUAGCGAUACCACUCGACCAUGAAGGUUAUUCAAGAUGUAAUAUGUACGAUGUAAAUUAUACUUUGAUUCUGCUAAAUGAAAGUUAUGUGCCGAAUCCAUUGUGGCCGACAAAAACUUGUCAACAUGGAUGGGAAUUUAAUUAUAGCGAUGUCCCUUAUGCAACCGUGGCAACUAAGAUAUUUAUACAGCUACUUUGGCAAUUUUGGGUCGAUUUUGGAUAAAUAUCUCGUACAAUUGGUCUCCAAUAUGCAGCUGAAGUGUUGCCGAUGAAAACGUAAAGACGAAGAAAUACCACCAGUUACCAUAUUCAGAUCAUUUUCCAAAUGUAGCAUGAGAAAUUCGAUGAAAGCAUCUCUUCGUGGUGAAACUUUAAGAAGCAAUAUGAUACGAAAAUCGAGCAUAAAAUUCAAAAAAUUCAAAAGCUCGAUUAUGGAAGUGGAAA